AUGGGCAGCAUUGACAAUAGUUCUGAGGAGAAUUAUUCCAGUGAAGAUGAGAUAGUUGAUGAUGAUAAUUAUAAUAUUCUACUAACUGCAACUGUUGGUAUGGUUACUGAAUAUUACACAAAAUAUAUUGAAAAGGAGCCUUGUAGGACCUCUUAUCAAACCGGAUACAAGUUCGUAUCAGAAAUUUUACAUGGCAAUCCAUAUAGAUGCCAACAACAAUUUCGAAUGGAAAAACAUGUAUUUAUUAAUCUGUGCAUGGAAUUGAAAAUCAAAUAUGGUUUAAAGGCUUCUAGAUAUAUUCCUGUUGAGGAGCUGGUGAAUAUGUUUUUGAUGAUUCUAGGACAUGGGUUUGGGAAUAGGAUGGUUCAAGAAAGAUUUCAACAUUCCGGAGAAACAGUUAGUAGAUAUUUCACCCAUGUUUUAAAUGCUGUUUUAAGGAUGUCCAAGGAUAUUAUUAGCCCGCUGGAUAAAGAGUUCAAAAAUAUUCCAAGUAAAAUCCGCGAUGAUCAUCGUUGGUGGCCUUAUUUUAAGGACUGCAUUGGAGCAAUUGAUGGCACCCAUAUACCAGUGAAAAUUUCUCCAUCCAAACAAGUACCAUAUAUUGGCCGAAAAGGGAUUCCUACACAAAAUGUUAUGGCUUGUUGUGAUUUUGAUAUGCGUUUCACUUUUGUUUGUGCUGGAUGGGAAGGUACUGCUCAUGAUACUCGUAUUUUUUUAGAUGCUAUACACAGAAAAGAGCUCCAAUUUCCACACCCACCUAGAGAUGCAUAUGAUCCGAUGGACCCCAAUGGCAACAUCACGAUCAAGUGGGACAUCAACUCAAUCGAGGAUGCAACGUAUAAUGUCAUUGUGAGUAUAUACAAUUACCAGCUCUAUCGCCAUGUUGAGAGUCCUGGUUGGAGGAUGAGCUGGACGUGGCCCAAAGAUGAGGUGAUCUGGGACCUGAGGGGUGCAGAGGCCACUGAGCAAGGGAACUGCUCUAGAUUCAAGGGAUCUCUUCCACACUGCUGUGAUAAAACUCCGGUCAUCGUCGACUUGGCUCUUGGAGCUCCAUACAACAUGCAAUACAAGAACUGCUGCCGGGGAGGUGUCCUGUCAUCCACUACUCAGGAUCCAACUAAAACUAUGUCCUCCUUCCAAAUGAGCGUGGGGGGUGUCUUUGUUCUUGACAGCGCUACGAAGGCGAUCCCAUCAAAUUUCAGUGUUGGCCUUCCCGGAUAUACAUGCAGCAAUGCUACUGUUGUUGCACCAAGCAAGGUCCAAGUCGAUGGCCAACGGAGCAUCCAAUAUCUAAUGACUUGGGAAGUGACCUGUUCUUAUUCCCAGUUCAGGGAAUCAGCUACACCUGGUUGUUGUGUUUCUCUGUCUGCCUUUUAUAACAGUACUGUGGUCUCAUGUCCUCUUUGUAGCUGUGGCUGCCAAAAUUCACCAGCAACUUCAGAAUGUUUCAGAGAUGGUCAGCAACCUGAUCUGCUACAGUUACCGAAUGGUGAUGACGAGGGAACACCGCCUUUUGUGCUGUGCACGCAGCAUAUGUGCCCAAUUCGAGUGCACUGGCACUUGAAAGUGAGUUACAAGGAGUAUUGGAGGGUUAAGGUGACGAUCACCAACUUCAACAUACUGAAGAACUACACCGAUUGGAAUUUGGUGAUACAGCAUCCAAACCUUCGGAGCAUAACACAAGUGUUCAGCUUCAACUACAAUCCUCUGAUUCAAUAUGGUGAUAUCAAUGACACGGGGAUGUUCUGGGGCAUCAAGAACUACAAUGAGAUGCUGCUGCAAUAUGGAGUAGAUGGCAACGUGCAGACCGAGAUGCUACUGCGCAAGGACCCCGGCGAUUUUACUUUCAAGGGAGGCUGGGCUUUUCCAAGGAAAAUAGCAUUCAAUGGGCACGAGUGCGUCAUGCCGCCCCCGGACAUGUUCCCAUCGCUGCCCAACAGCAGCCCAGCUGCACCAGCUUUGCUUCUCCAUCUCUGCCUGGGCCUGUCGCCUUUGCUAUUGUUUGGUUUGUUUCUGUUCGUAUAGAUAGCAGUUGGCCUUAUUGGCAGGGCGAUUUAGAUCAAUCAAUCCUUACGGCAAAGGAUGCUUAUCUACAGUCCGAGUUUUGAGAUAUCCAGCAGAUGAAUCACCCUUCAGGACAAGCCGCCUUCAUGCAAGGUUCUCUCAAGCAUCGAUCGCCAAUCCCAUUCCUUGCGUAUCUUUGCCAUUGGAUCAUCAUGUUGGUUUGGUUCCAACGAGAAGUUAUAUUUUCUUUAUGAGGUUGGUGUUGGUAUCAAAAAAUUAUGUUACUUUCAGAACAAGUGACAUCUAGAAGUAUAAACAAGUAACCAUGA